AUGCUGCACGAAAUCUUUAUGGCUCUUGCGGGGUACCCGGGGGAUAUAUUUGUGCGUUACGAGGAGUCUGAGUGUCUCACCUCCCCCCCCCAGCAGCAGCAGCAGCAGCAGCAGCAGCAGCAGCAGCAGGGCCUCAGCAGCAGCAGCAGCAGCAGGUGUUUUUUCUCUGGUUCUGGGGGGUUUCGUGUGAACCCUCGGCUCAGCUGUUUCACUGACAGCGAGAAAGAGGCCCUGGAGAGAGCUGUUGCCCCAGGAUAUGAUUUGCUGCUUAUAAGAGAAUAUGCAGCAGCAGCAGAAGCAGCAGAAAGAAGACACCUGCUGCCGCCUCCGUACACUCGAACCACAGCAGCAGCAGCAACUGCUGCUGCUGCUGCUGCUGCUGCUGCUGCUGCUGCAGCAACGGGGGGCGGGGUGGGGCCUCCAUUGGCUGCAGCAGCAGCCGGUGGAGACCCAGCAACAGCAGCAGCAGCAGGAGGAACAACUGCUGCUGCAGCAGCAGCAGCAGCAGCAGCAGGGGGUCUAUACACCGCAGCACUGGCUCGUGCUUCUAGGGAGCUUGUGGAUGGAUACCUAGCUGCUGUAGCAGCAGCAGAAGAGGAGCUGCUGCAGCAGCAAACAGCACCGCUUGCUGCUGUCUCCGUCGCCCUUAAAGAAGAACCCCACAAACUAAGAAUACUCAGAUCUAUACUCUCACAAGUGUAUAGUAUGUCUGUUGCUGCUGCUGCUGCUGGGGCCCCUCUCCCCUGCGGCUUGCUGCUUGACGUGCUGUGGGGGGGGAGACACAGCGGGGACCCCCAGGCGCGAGCAGCAGCAGGAGCAGCAGCAGCAGCAGCAGCAGCUGCUGCUGCUGCUGCUGCUGGGGUUGUUCUCUUUAUUGGGAAAGCUACAAGGGUACUCUCCCGCGCGGGGCUGUGGGGAGACAAACAGAGACAGCUGCUGCAGCCUAUUGCACUCAAACUCGCGCGAGAGUCUCAGAAAGCAGAGUGCCAGCGUCUCUCUCAAGCCCUAGAAGGGGUACAGGAGGAAGCAGCAGAAACGCGGAGAACGAUGGCAGCAGCAGCAGCAGCAGCAGCAGCAGACUUCGAUAGUAGAAUACGCGCGCUGCAGCAAGCAGCAGCACAGCAGCAGGAAGAUACACUUCGUGCUGCUGCUGAUGAAAGAAGAAGAGCUCUUGAGGCACUCAGGGUUUACAUCUAG